AUGCUCUAUAUAGUAUACGAGGAAGGGCUACUAUCUAAUAACAGUAAUAUAUAUCUAGGAUCGCGAUCCUUACUCUUUAAUAAAUUCUAUAACUUAGAUAACGACGUAUACUAUAGCUUUACUAGUAUCCGUGCCCGAAUGAUCGAUAAGAUUAGAAUUAACGAGAUUAUUCGGAGAAUUGUGAAUACAGUCGGCGAUAACUAUAUUUAUAUCAGCAUUGACAUCGAUGUGCUCGAUCCCGCCUUCACACCUGCGACCGGAACCAUUGAACCUGGGGGUUGGACGACACGGGAGCUUCUCCGUAUUUUAUAUAGUCUAUCGCAAGCUGGCCUGCCUAUUAUUGGCGUGGAUGUUGUAGAGUUUGCCCCUGUGUACGACAAUAAGGCAGAGACGACGGUAAUUACGGUGACUCAGAUCAUCUAUGAGCUUCUUCAGUGGAUGGUUCAUGUUCCUGUGAAAGCAUAG